AUGGAGAAUGAGGAAGACCUGAAUUUGGGAAACAGCACAAGAGUAACUCACUUCAUCCUGCUGGGUUUCACUCAUCUUGCCCAGCUUCAGCUCUUACUCUUCGUGGUAGUUCUCUUUGUCUUCACAGUCACCAUGACGGGGAACAUUCUCAUUGUCCUCAUUGCAACUGUGGACCCUGCUCUUCAUACACCCAUGUACUAUUUUCUUAAGAAUUUGUCUCUGAUUGAGAUCUGCUACAGUUUAGAUAUUGUGCCAAAAAUGCUGAUAAACUUGUUGUCAGAAAGGAAGACCUAUUCCUUCACAGCUUGUGCUUUACAAUUGAGCUUGAUCAUACUCUUUGUCACGUCUGAAAGUUUUCUGUUAACAAUCAUGGCUUAUGACCGAUAUGUAGCAAUUUGUCACCCCCUACACUAUGCUGCCAUCAUGUCCAAAAAGACAUGUAGGCAAAUGUCAGCAGUAGCUUGGCUUUCUGGAUUCCCUGUAGCAGUUGGGAUCACAGCUUGGCUGUUCAACAUGUCUUUCUGCAAGUCAAAUGAAGUCAACCAUUUCUUCUGUGACAUCUCACCUGUACUGAAAUUGGUGUGCUCAGAUACCUAUAUUUUUGAGCUUCUGGCAUUCAUUGCCACUGUGCUGAUCAUGGUGCUGCCUUUCAUCCUAAUCACCAUCUCCUACAUCUGCAUCAUCUACACCAUCAUGCAGAUGCCCUUGGCUGAAAGCAGGCAAAAGGUGUUCUCCACAUGUGCUGCUCAUCUCAUGGUUGUUACUCUGUUCUACUCCACAACCUCUUUAAUUCAUUUACAUCCCAAGUCAAGCCUCUCACCAAACAACAAAAAGUUUGUGUCCCUUUCCUACACAGUCAUUACACCGAUGCUCAAUCCCAUCAUAUACAGCCUCAGGAACAGUGACGUAAGAGAAGCACUACAGAGAACUUUUGGCAGAAAAACGCUGUCAGAAAGACUCACCACAUUAUCAUUAUCAUUUUUUUAA